AUGGCUACCAAGAAACUCCACAUCCACAACCUUAGCUGGAAUACCACAGAGGAUGAUCUUCUUAAUGCAUCUAGUGAGCAUUAUGAUGCUGAAAGGGCGCUUGUCAUGCGCGACGUGAAUACCGGCCGAAGCAGAAAUUACGGAUUCAUGUUUUUUGAUAGCCCAGAAGGCGCCGCGAUCACAAAGAAACACCUAGACAACACAGAGAUUAACGGUCGUAGAAUCACGGUGACUUUUGCACCAGAGUAA